AUGUCUGGUCGGAAUGAACGCCAACACCAUCACCAACACCAUCACCAACACCAACAUCAACACCAACAUCAACACCAACAUCAACACCAUACCGUUCCUCUUGCAGUGCUCUUGAAACGGGAAUUGGCAAAUGAGAAAGUCGAGAAAUCAAAUUUGGUUGUUGUGUAUAGCCAAGCUAGCGAGAAUAAGAAAGGAGAGGAUUUCACGUUGAUAAAGACCGAACGACAAAGAGUUGUUGCAGAUGGGGUUUCUACCUAUUCUGUUUUUGGGCUAUUUGAUGGACACAAUGGAUCUGCUGCUGCUGUUUAUGCCAAGGAGAAUCUUCUUAACAACGUUUUAAGUGCCAUUCCCCCGGAUCUCAACAGAGAUGAGUGGGUAGCAGCGUUGCCGAGGGCUUUGGUUGCUGGCUUUGUAAAAACUGAUAAAGAUUUUCAACAAAAAGCAAAAACAUCAGGAACAACCGUAACCUUUGUGAUUAUAGAAGGAUGGGUUAUAACAGUUGCAUCAGUUGGUGAUUCCCGUUGCAUACUUGAACCUUCUGAAGGUGGGAUUCAUUACUUGUCAGCAGAUCAUCGUCUAGACACCAAUGAAGAGGAGAGGGCGCGUAUCACUUCUAGUGGGGGUGAAGUUGGCCGGCUAAAUACAGGUGGAGGUGCGGAGGUUGGCCCGUUGAGAUGUUGGCCCGGUGGCCUGUGUCUUUCUCGAUCCAUUGGUGAUAUGGAUGUUGGUGAAUUUAUUGUCCCUGUACCAUAUGUGAAGCAAGUGAAGAUUUCCACUUCUGGAGGAAGACUUAUUAUCUGCAGUGAUGGAGUCUGGGAUGCUCUAUCUGCAGAAGCGGUCCUUGAUUGUUGUCGUGGCAUGUCAGCGGAGGCUGCGGCACCACAUAUUGUAAAGGAAUCUUUGCAAGCAAAGGGACUUAGGGAUGACACAACAUGCAUCGUGGUUGAUAUAUUACCCCAGGAGAAGCCACCUACUUCUGCACCAUCACAAAAGAGACCGGUAAAAGGAAUGUUGAAGGCCAUUUUUCGCAAAAAGUCCUCUGAGCCAUCUUCAUAUAUUGAAAAAGAAUACGUUGAGCCAGAUAUGGUUCGGGAAUUAUACGAGGAAGGAUCUGCCAUGCUUUCAGAAAGGUUUGAAACAAAAUAUCCACUCUGCAACAUGUUCAAGUUAUUCAUGUGUGCAGUAUGUCAAGUAGAGAUUAAACCCGGGGAGGGUAUUUCAGUACACGAGGGUGCGCCUAACCAAGGGAAACCGCGCCCCUGGGAUGGACCUUUCCUAUGCUCAAGUUGCCAAGAGAAGAAAGAAGCCAUGGAAGGGAUACGAACAUCAGAUAGACAUAUCAGUGGAAGUGACUAA